GCUGGUUGCGUACACCAACAAGUGACUGUCGCUGCCCGCUCGCCCCGCGCUCGCCCUUGGCUCAGUCUCACGCUCGCCGUCGCGGAGUGGAGACGAAACGAGUGCCCGUAGCAGCUCCUCCUGCCUAAUUACCUCAGUAAUUGUUUCUCCCGAUCCCUAAAGCAGACGACAUAACAUAAAUUCCUCUCAGUUUACCCGAAGUGUGUCGAAUCGUUCACACUCCCCGCUUAGUGUCGCCUUGCACGCACGCACGUCUCUGUCCGAACGCCAGAUUGUGUCAACUUCCCACACGUGUUUUGCAAUUCUCGCCGAAGUUGACUGAGCGAAAGGAGAUUCCUAAAAUCACUGCACGAACUCGAGAAAACAGAUAUCCGGGCUCUCGCACUUCCCCUCUCGGGCUGGUUCCAAACUUCAGCACAAAGACGAAUUUGGGUUCUCGAUUAAUGGGAACGGUUUUCUGGUCGAACUCACACAGCUGACUCUGAGUACUCGAGACUUUCGAAACCUCAUUCGAUUUCCAUUCUAGUUUUGGAAAAGAUAAAAAAAACAGCAUUUCCUUGGAGACCCCGAGUCGGUCUUCCGGGAAAGCCCUCAGUCUCUAAGACGUCCCUUUGGAGUAGUGACAGUGUCUGGACUGGCGUUCAAGGUGUCCUCAAGUCCCGAAAGUGUCCCUUGCUCCCCCGUCAGUGCCCCUGCGAACACCAUGGCGGCGGCACUUGUAGCCCGAGGGCCCGUUCGCUCUCGCUCCACUGAGAUCCUUUGCGUGGGUUCCUUCAGCAUCGUGGUGGACAGCGUGGACGGCGACGUGACCGGCGGCCCUGCAGACGACGAGGUGUUCGGCGAGGACGGGGCGCUACCGGGGGGCGGAGGCGGGGGCGACGGCGACGCCUCCAACGCCUCCAGCCGGGGCUCCAGGACCUCCAUCAGCAAGGAGGAGACAGACGCCAAGCUCGCGCUCUUCAGGACGGAGGCGGCGGCGCGGCUGACGGAGCUCGAGCGCCUCCUGGACGAGCACGACCAGAUCAUCCGGGAACUCAAGCGGUCGGAGAGCGACGGGGGCGGCAUCAACUACGCGGGCGUGGCCUCGGCGCCCACUCCUGCCACGCCCCUGGACAUCCUCCCCAUCACGGUCACGCCCCCAACCACGUCUCGCACCGCCCCUACCUCCCCGGCCAGCACCGGGCCCCGGUCUGCCCAGUAGCAGCGCCUGUGAGGAGGCCCUGCCCGGAGGAGGAGGGGCAGGGGGGAGGGGGCGUAGGGCAGGGGGAGGGAGAGCCAUUCGCGUAGGCUGAGGGGGAAGUCGCAGGAGGAGGAAGAGGCCGCACGGGCGGGAGGAGGGCCGGCGGAGGAGGCGGCCGGGCGCGGAGGUGCACAGGACUUUCCUGGAAUCUGCGGAGGCUUCGAGAAAUUUCUUCAAGGCGUUGGCAUGGCAGCUUAGGCAGACGACCCAUGCUCAACAAUAAUCAUAAUGUAUAAUCAAAAUUAUAUAUUUCUUCUUUUGCUAGGCUAAGCAUGAAUCAGCGUCUAUGCCUUUAUAAGAGGCCUUAUUUACACAAAAAGAUAGCUUACAAUUAAUAAGAAUAAAUCUACAUUAGGCUCGUCUCGUGGACAAAGGAGUAUGGGAUAUAAACCCACAAAGAGCAGGAGGAAGGAUGAAACACAACAGAAAACAAAGACUGUUGCAGAGAGCGCAUUUGCAAAGGACCGCAAAACACCUCUAGCAACAGAAGUGCGAGGAGAAAAAUAUCAGCGUAAUAUCAACACGUGAAAGGAAUUAGGCAAAAGUCGUGUUUUUUUCUCUCGCUUUUUCUCAAGUCACUUCCAUCUGUACGCUGGGCUGGCUCCGACUCCCACGUGGCACUCGCACCUAAGUGCCUCUGUCGCCAGGGCCACUAAAGCACUCGCACUUGGCACAGUUAAGGCACUCAGACGCACUCUUUAUGCACUGCAACACCAUGUAUGCACAAGCGUUUCCCUACGGCACUUAGAUGUACUUGGAGCUGAGCCAUGUACAUAUUUAUAUAUAUGAUCAAGCUCGUGAGCUGAACGAACGAAUGAAGUGUAACAAAAUCUAUUAACGUGAGGGUGACAUGUUUUCACACAAUCGUUUCACGGCCGAAACACGAUCACCACGCCGCACUGGCACGCACUCACAGCAAGGCUACUCUACUGCACAGGUAACACACCCACUUACAUCAUCGCAUCAACUUUCAAGUAACAAAGCACGCACCUUGUCUCACUCAGCACCUGUCGCACUGCACGAGCACUGACAUAUGGACACAGCACCGGCACAGUAAUGUGACCACAGACAAGCACUGCAUCUGCACGUGCAGAUAACAGCACUGCACACAUCACCAACAAGCACAGUACUUGUAGCACAGCACAGGUAAAUACCAGCACUUAUAGCACAGCACAUGUACAGGUGUAUUACAAUUCAUUUGUAGCACCAUCCAUGUACAUGUGUACAAAUACACUGUAUAGCAUUGCACUGAACCAAGUGGGUCAACAACACCAAAAGCACUGCACAAUCACAGGCACAUGUCCCCAGUGCAGUAAUCAAAGCACAUCGUAAUUGUCUCGCAGCACAGCACAGCCUCAGGACAUGGGCCUCACGUAGCUCAGCACAGCACCAUCACAAGCACAGUGCCACAGCCGGCUCCCUGGCGUGGCGGGACGACGUGAGCCUAAUCCAAAGUUCCUCCCGAAUGGGUUGUUGUUGCGUUAACUUGAUGAUAUCCAGAGCUCCCUCCGACAUGGCGACGCGGAGCCGGAAAGCCCUGCUGAGCCUCUGCGCCCGAGAGAGAGUUUCGAGUCGCGGAGCUCGGCGAGCCUCGGACAGGCCCUCGACACUUCUUCCCCCGAAACGACGCCGAUGAUGACGACCUCCUCCGUCGGUAUAAAUCGCUGGUCAAGCUUUGUUUGGAAUGGUUUUCAUAGUGAUCUGUUAAAGUUGCCAAGUUUUCUUUCAUAUAUUGCUUUGAU